GACCACUGACUAAAAAGUUCAUCGCUCCUUAUAAUAUCUCCAUGAUCCAGCUUAAAUCGAUACCUCUUUUAUUUCCCAUAUCUUCAUUGCAGUUUACCAUUAUUUAAAUACAAGUACUAAAUUUUGACACCAAUCCUUUUGUUUUCAGUGGUCAGCCUCAACCGAUGAACUUCUGGUGUUUAAUACUGUCUUGACUUGGUUGCUUUCGUGCUGCAAGAUGCGGUCAUUGAGCUGCCAAAUAUACAAUUGUGCCUUGUAUUGACUGUGAUUAGAAUUUUGUAAUUAAAAUUAAAAAUGAGCUCAAGAAGAGCAAGCUGUUUCACCUUAUCUGGGAAGGAAAGUGCACUUUCUAAACUUCUAUCCGCUCCUCCUCUUUCAUCGCCGCAGAUGAGCAUCAGUGCCGGACGCCGGCAUAGUAUUCAUUCGACCGUUUCCGUUCCUAUUCGCGAAGAACAGUCCAUACUUGCGUCCAGUUGCCUUCCUUCGAAUAAUUCCCACGAAAUGAAACCAUUUCCUAACUACGAUGUUGCCUCCCGUUGCGUACCGGCUUCGCCAGAAUUUAGCUGUGAUGCUCAAGGAAGCUCCCUACCAUCCUUGUCGUCUUCAUUGUCUUCCAAUAAAGUAUCCGUUUUUCCUUCCAGUCCACUGUCUGCCGGUACACAGCACUAUCAGGUAUCCGUUGAUCGUAUUUCCCAUUCACCUAUUUUCAAUCCCAUAUCCCACGAUGGUAAAGGCAAUCCGGAAAUCUCUUAUGACUUCGUGAAUGGUUUACCGUCCCCUUUGACUCACAUCAAUAACCGUACUGCUCCAGUCGAGCCACUGUCCGAAACCUACAGCAUUCCUGUUUCCAGUUGCCAGGCUAAUCAAAAAGAUACAAAAAUGCAGCGUGGACUCAGACCAGCGAUGCAGAAUCAACUGCCCGUUGUCGACAUGUACGCACGCACGAAUCCCAGCCACCUCUGGCAGGAUAUGGGAAAGCCAUCCGUGCGCUUGGAUCAGUGGAUUGGACAGGCCAACCCGGUCUCGAUGGCCCCUCCUUCUAGCGUUCCAUAUGCAGCAUCGGUCCACAAUAGCAGCUUCAACGGGAUGAUUUCUCGCAGUGCGCCUCCGUCUGGAUUAACACAGUGCGCAUUGUCUCCGACGCAGAACUCCCGUGCAUAUGCCCAUCAAGGGAUGCCGUAUUCAGGGACAUUGAAUGAUACCUCGGUCGCUGCAAGCGCCGACUACUCUGGCUGGCCUUUCCAGCAUCCGGUUAACUGGACGCCGACGGACUGCAUAGGCUUUUUUCGGUCUGUGGCAGAGGACAAAGGAAUGAAUCCGGACCAGGUGGACCUGCGGCCGUUUAUCGGUGUCCCCGGCUCCAUAUUAAUUCAAAUGAAUUCAAUUUCUUUCCUGGAGAAGGAUCCAAUUAACGGUCUGAUGUGGCAUAGCGCCCUGUCACGGAUUCUGGCUAAGCAGUCGGUUCAGUUCCCUGGGCCCGUGCUUACGCCCAAAUCUGAACCUGUGGACAUUCAUUUCGAGACGGGCAUGUUCCUCUCUUCAGCUCUAAAUGGAUCUCAGAAUGGUAUUAUCGACCAGGAUUUGUCGGAUUACAUUCAAGAAAGUUACACUAGCGAUGAGUUUGACGAUAUAGUCACGUUGGAUAGCUUAAAUAUGGCUACUAAUAUGUAUGGAAGUUGCCAACAACAAUUCAUGCCUGGUCCACCAGCAGCCAUUGCUCAAAGCUACUGCCCGUCGGCCAGUCCAACGAGUGAUGGUGUGGAUUAUAAGACAGAUCUCGACGACGUGGACAGUAGCCGUAGCAGUUCCAACCAGUCCGUGUAUACCGAUAUUGGCGGACGGGCCUGCAGCUAUACUUCGGCUUCUCCCGUUGAAUGGGCGAGCGUAGGGACGGAAGCGCGGUUGAAUGCCCGGGGAAAAAUCCAAAAGAAUGGGAAGGAGAAGAGUGGGAAAAGCACGCGUAGCAAGCAUGGCACACGCGGUAACCAUCUUUGGGAAUUCAUCCGGGACCUUUUAAAAAGCACAAAAUUCAAUCCUAAGAUUGUGAAAUGGGAGAACAAGGAGGAAGGCGUUUUCCGGUUCGUAGAAUCGGAGGCGGUCGCGAAAAUGUGGGGAAGCAAAAAGUGCAACCCGCGCAUGACGUACGAAAAGCUGAGCCGGGCGAUGAGGACCUACUAUGGUAGUGAGAUUCUGCAACCGGUUCCGAAAAAUGGCCGAUAUCCAAAGAAAUUGGUUUAUAAGUUCGGGCCGAAGGCAACAGGCUGGCAUGAUCCAGAGUAACUAAUUUGCGAUAAUGAUAUUAUUACAAAAGCCAAAUCCUUCUGCCGGUGAUUGGGCGCCGGUUGGUGUACAAGUUCGGACCAAAGGCUACUGGAUGGCGGGAUUGAUGUAAAAUUUCUUGCGGGCAACUUUCGGUUUCCGUGUCCGGAAACCGUCGGACAGUGAUCAUACUUCCGGUGCAACACAUUUCCGAUCUGGCCGUAUGAAUGCUCCAUUUUUUGUUCAAGUUCCUAUUGUUGCCCUGCUUUGGGUUAUUUGUUGUGCAAAGAUGCCACAUUGGUCUUCUCAGCAGAGCCGUUCCCUCUGCCACCAAACAGAUGUCUUUAUACAAAGUUGCGGAUGUUUUGCCGUUGUGCGUCACAGAUGCUAUUGGUUAUUAUUGUUCGUGUUCACAGAUAUCUACUAUUAUGCUUGGUUAAAGUUUUAGAGCAGUUUUAUCUUCCGUUGAUUUUUUCCUUUUGUUGAGUUGAAAUGCUUUUGCAGCUGUUUUCAGUUGUGUUUACUUUUGUUUUCGUAUAUUGCGAGAUAGAUUCUGAUAACACUGUAUUCUGCACUCAGCCGCACUGUAAAUUAGAGUUUUAUCUUGUUAUAAACCUUCUGUUGUCUGAAUUGUUAAGGAUUCGAUGUUGUAAAAUGGCCAUAAUGAAAGCAUUCUUCCGAAAGCUGAAACCGAGACAAAUGAAAGUUGUAAUAUUUCCUGUUAAAUGAUUAAAU